AUGGCUUACUCAGACCUCAAGGGCAUCAAAAUCGCCAUCGAUAGAGGCGGCACCUUCUGUGAUGUCAUUGCCAAAAUCCCCGGUCAGGAAGACUACGUGUUUAAGCUCUUGUCUGUGGACCCACUCAAUUACAAGGAUGCACCCACUGAGGGAAUCAGGAGAGUGCUUGAAAGAGCCCACGGUGUGACCAUCUCGCCAACGGAGAAAUUGACCAUUGAUUCAAUUGAUUCGAUCAGAAUGGGUACCACCGUGGCCACCAAUGCCCUUUUGGAGAGAAAGGGUGCUUCUGUGGCUUUGGUCACCACCAAGGGUUUCAAGGAUGUCUUGAAAAUUGGCAACCAGACCAGACCGCAUAUCUUUGACUUGACUGCUCGCAAGCUCGGCCACUUGUACCUGGAGGCCUUGGAGAUCGACGAAAGAGUCACCAUGGAGCUGUUCACCGAGGGUGGAGGUGACAAGCUAGACUUUAAUGUGGAGAAUGAUCCCGAGCUCAAAACUGCUGUUUCGGGAGACAUCAUCAGAGUGCUCAAGGAGCCUGAUUAUGGUGCUGUGGAGACUCAAUUGCAGAAGCUUUGGAGCGAGGAGGGUGUCAAGACCUUGGCCUUGUGCUUGUUGCACUCCUAUGCCUACCCUGAGCACGAGAGAAAGAUUGCCGAUAUUGCUAAGAAAAUUGGAUUCACUGUCUCUGUUUCCCACGAAUUGCAGCCCAUGAUUGGCAUGGUGAACAGAUGUUCUUCUACUGUGGCAGACGCCUACUUGUCUCCAGUGAUCAACCAGUACAUCCAUAGUUUUGGCGAAGGUUUCGAAGGCGGCCUUGACGCUUUUGGCAACAAAUUGCUCUUCAUGCAGAGUAACGGUGGGUUGUGUCCAUGGUACAAGUUCACCGGUCUCAAGGCCAUUUUGCUGGGUCCAGCUGGUGGUAUGGUGGGUUACGGUGAAACCUGCUACGAUAACGAGAAGGAUGUUGCAGUUUUGGGUUUCGACGCUGGUGGUACGUCCACCGAUGUUUCACGUUACGCUGGUUCCCUUGAACAUAUUUACGAAACCGUCGUCAACCAAGUGCAGUUGCAAACUCCUCAAUUGGACAUUUCCACUGUCGCCGCAGGUGGUGGAUCGAUGCUUUUCUGGAGAAACGGAAUGUUCGUUGUUGGCCCUGAGUCGGCUGGUUCUGACCCUGGCCCAGCUUGCUACCGUAAGGGCGGUCCAUUGACAGUAACCGAUGCAAACUUAUUCUUAGGCAGAUUGUUGCCUGACUAUUUCCCUAAGAUUUUCGGCAAAAACCAGGAUGAGCCUUUGGAUGUGGAAAUCACCAGAACGAAGUUCUUGGAACUCACCGAACAGAUUAAUAGCGAGGGUUCUUCGUACACUGCCGAGGAAGUGGCUUCUGGAUUCUUGAAAGUGGCUGUUGAGGCCAUGGCAAGACCAAUCAGAAACUUGACUGAAGCCAAGGGUUUCAAUGUUUCUGACCAUAAUCUUGCUUCGUUCGGCGGUUCUGGUGGUCAAUUCUCCGUCAGUUUGGCCAAGAACUUGGGCAUAAACCAGGUGGCUAUCCACCAAUACUCUUCGUUGCUUUCUGCUUACGGUAUUUACGUUGCCGAUAUCGUCAUUGAGCAGCAGUCGCCAGCAUCUUUCUCCUACAACAAAACGAACUUGCCUAAAAUCGACGAGAAGGUCAAGCAACUCACCGAAGCUGCUUACAAGGAAUACGAGCUGCAGGGACACACAGGCUUCGAUACUAAGGUGGAGGUCUUUUUGAAUAUGAGAUAUGUUGGAUCUGAUACCCAUUUGCUUAUCUUGAACGACGGUGCCAACGAUGCUGAUGAAAAAUUCAUCGACAGACACAGAAAGGAGUUUGGAUUCUCCUUGGACAGAAAGGUUAUUGUGGACGACAUCCAGGUUUUGUUGAUUGUCCAGUCCAAGGACAAGCUGUCGAGCAAUCCAUACGAAGAAUACAGAGCCGUUGCCGACCCUGAAGUUGCAGCUGCCUCUAGUGUGGUCAAGAAGCUCUAUUUCGAGGAACCUGGCUGGCAGGAUGCUAACAUAUAUGAACUUCACCAAUUGAAGCCCGGAAUGAUUGUAAAUGCCCCUGCGGUUAUCAUUGACAGCACCCAGACCAUUAUUGUGGAACCUGGCUCGAAGGCUGCUAUUUUGAAGGAGCACAUCCUCCUUCUUGUUGAACAGGAGCACAGAGUCGAGGUAUCCAAGGAUGAGAUUGACCCUAUUCAGUUGUCUGUUUUCGGUCACAGAUUCAUGUCCAUUGCCGAACAGAUGGGCAGAACGUUGCAGCAAACCGCCAUUUCCACCAACAUCAAGGAGAGAUUGGACUUUUCUUGUGCUCUUUUCGAUAAAGAGGGUGACUUGGUGGCCAAUGCUCCCCAUGUUCCUAUCCAUUUGGGUGCCAUGUCUUUUGCCGUGAAGGCUCAAAAGGAAAUGUGGGAGGGCAAGCUUGAGCAAGGCGAUGUUCUUGUCACAAACCACCCAUGUGCUGGUGGAUCGCAUCUUCCAGAUAUCACUGUGAUCACUCCAGUGAUCAACGACCAAGGUGAGACGCUUUUCUGGACUGCUUCUCGUGGUCACCAUGCUGAUAUUGGUUCUAUCGCUGCUGGAUCCAUGCCACCUAAUUCGAAGUCUAUCUACGACGAGGGCGCUUCCAUCAUCACACACAAGUUGUGUUCUAAGGGUAAGUUUGACGAGGCUGGUAUUACCAGACUUUUGCUUGACGAGCCUGCCAAGCACCCAGGUGGAUCUGGAACCAGAACAUUGAACGACAACAUUUCUGAUUUGAAGGCUCAGGUCUCAGCCAACUUCAAGGGUAUCACUUUGCUCAACCGCUUGGUGGAUGAGUACACUUACCCAGUGAUCAGUUUGUACAUGGGCGGGAUCCAGCAAACUGCUGAGCUUGCUGUCAGAAACCUUCUCAAAACAGCCUACCAAAAAUUCGAUGGUCAUCAUUUACAGGCCAAGGACUACUUGGACGAUGGUACUCCAAUUGCUGUUGAGAUUGCUAUUGACCCUGAGACGGGAGAUGCCACUUUUGACUUUAGAGAGACCGGUGACGAGAUGUACGGCAAUUUGAACGCUCCAAAGGCUAUUUUGUACUCUGCCGUGCUUUAUGUUUUGCGUUCAUUGAUCAGCUCAGACAUUCCAUUGAACAACGGAUGCCUCCAGCCUAUCAAGUUUUUGACCAGAGCCAGCUCUGUGGUGGAUCCUUCGUACGAGGCUGCCGUUGUUGGUGGAAAUGUCGAAACCACACAGAGAAUUGUGGAUGUCAUGUUGAAGGCUUUUGAAGCUGCGGCUGCUUCUCAGGGUACAUGUAACAACUUCACCUUUGGUAUCAACGAUAAGGAAAGAGGAAUUUCAUUUGGUUACUACGAGACGAUCUGCGGUGGUGCUGGUGCUGGAGCUACCUGGGACGGUCAAAGCGCUGUUCAAUGUCACACCACCAAUACCAGAAUCACCGAUACCGAGCUUUUCGAGAAACGUUACCCUGUUAUCGUUCACGAGUACAGCAUCAGGGAAGGGUCUGGAGGAGAAGGUGCCCACAAGGGAGGUGACGGUGUGAUCAGAGACAUCGAGUUCACCUACGACAACUUGGAGGUUUCCUGUUUGAUGGAGCGUCGUUCCUUGGCUCCAUUUGGCAUUUUGGGCGGCAAAUCCGGUCUCAGAGGUAAAAACACUUUGAUCAGGAAACUGCUGAACGGCAGAAGCGUUUAUCUUGGCGGCAAGACCACCGUCAAGGUCAAGAAGGGUGACCAUGUCAUCAUCAUGACUCCAGGAGGAGGCGGAUUUGGGCUGUCUGCCAACGGCGUGGCAAAAAAGAGAAAAGUGGAUUUUGCAGUGAAAAGCACUACGCCAAGUAUCCUCACCGGUUCUGCAGGUAUUCGUCAGCAGACUCAGGAAACGAACUAA